GCUUGGCUUGGCAUUGGCUGUCUCCUCGAAACUCUCUCUUUCUCUCGUCCAAUUUCUUUAUCCUUUGAAUAUUUUCCUUUCUCUCUCUUUCUUUAACGCGUUUUGAAGCUUUCUUUCAAUAUAUAUAUUCCUCUUCUUUCCUCUUCUUUCCUCAGGUGCAGACUCAAAAAAUCCACCAUUUUCCUCUGCAUCUAACAAAGUUCCAAUUUUCUCUCAAUUACAAAACAACCCCAGAAGUUUCUUUUUUUCUCUUUUUAUUCAAGAAAAUGCGGCCAUUGGAGGAGCAAUUGUAUCCAUCAACACCAGGAAAGUUCAAGGACAAAACUUAUUACUCUGUAAAUCGGCAAUUCCAUAGAUGUUUCGCUUCGACAAGUACAAUGUUUUUAUGGGCAUUGUUUUUAAUAGCUUUAACGGCGUCGUAUUUGAGUUUUCAAUCAUUUAUGGAUUCCGGUACCCGGUAUCUUUCCUCAACGUGGGGUAGUCUUCAUUGGGAGAAACAAGUUCGUGACUCCGCCCAAAUCCACCGCGUCAACGGCAUGUCCGUACUGGUAACCGGUGCAGCUGGUUUCGUUGGGACCCACGUUUCCCUCGCCUUGAAAAAACGAGGCGAUGGAGUCGUGGGACUCGACAACUUCAACAAUUACUACGACCCUUCGUUGAAAAAAGCAAGGAAAAAUCUGUUAAAUUCUCAAAAUAUUUUCAUUGUAGAAGGUGAUAUUAACGACGCGCGCAUGUUAGCAAAGCUCUUUGAUAUUGUAGCAUUUACGCAUGUUAUGCAUUUAGCUGCGCAGGCGGGUGUGCGAUACGCCAUGGAAAAUCCUCAAUCUUAUGUUCAUAGUAAUAUUGCUGGACUUGUUACACUUCUUGAAGCUUGCAAAAAUGCUAACCCGCAACCUGCUAUUGUAUGGGCCAGCUCCAGUUCAGUUUACGGGUUAAAUGAAAAGGUACCGUUUUCUGAAUCGGAUCGGACUGAUCAACCCGCUUCAUUAUAUGCAGCAACAAAGAAAGCUGGUGAGGAAAUUACUCAUACGUACAAUCAUAUUUACGGGUUAUCAAUUACUGGAUUGAGGUUUUUUACUGUUUAUGGUCCAUGGGGCAGACCCGACAUGGCUUAUUUUUCAUUUACCCGGAAUAUUUUACAAGGAAAGCCGAUUACAAUUUACCGGGGUAAGAAUCGGGUUGACUUGGCCCGGGAUUUUACUUACAUUGAUGAUAUUGUGAAAGGAUGUGUUGGAUCAUUAGAUACUGCAGGGAAGAGUACCGGGUCGGGUGGAAAGAAACGAGGUCCCGCUACUUAUCGGAUCUUUAAUUUGGGUAAUACAUCGCCGGUGACUGUUCCGAUGAUGGUUGGGAUGUUGGAGAAGCAUUUGAAGGUAAAAGCUAAGAAGCAUACUGUGGAUAUGCUAGGAAACGGCGACGUUCCGUUUACGCAUGCAAAUAUUAGCUCGGCCCGAAAAGAACUCGGGUAUAAACCGACAACCGAUUUGCAAACCGGGUUGAGAAAAUUUGUUAGGUGGUAUCUCUCUUAUUACGGCUAUAGUCAAGAAAAGUCUGUAAAGUGAUUGUUCUGUUAAUUUUAUUUUCUUCUUUUAAUAGAAACUUUUUUUUCUUUGAUUUUAUGUUUUUUAAAAUCACCGCAAGAAAGGUGAAGAAAAGGGAAAAAGGAAAAAAAAAAUUGAAUAUUUUUCUUGGGGAAGAGAAGCUAAGAACAUUGGAGAGCUCCUUAUCCCUUGUUUAGAAUAUUGUUAUUAAAUGCUUUCUUAUAAACGCAUUUGCACUUUGUUUAUUGGAUUCCUUGGAAUACAUAUAUGAUAAAGACACUUGUA